UUCGUGCCAUCCGGUGCCGCUUCGUCUCCACUCCCAGGCGGACCUCGAGAGAGCAGCACCCAGCCUGAGGACCGGGAGCAGGAGGCGACAAAGCAGGGCUUCUUCUUCUCACGGCGGUCGACCCCGCUAUGCUCGACCACCGCGACGUGUAGAUUCCUUUCCCCACGCGGCCUUUUCUCCCCCCGUGUCGUCCCGAGGAUGAGCGCCUCCGCUUCGGCCACCGGCUCGGCUUCUUGCCGCUUCGCCCACUAUUUUGUCGUGUGUGGACUGGACGCCGAGACGGGCCUGGAGCCGGACGACGGAGCAGGCCAGAGCUUCGAGCAGAGCCCGAUUCAUCGCUCCUUCAAGUCCAGAGUUCUGGUGCACUACCCUGAAAGCACAGACAGAAACCCCUUCAAUAAAGAUGCAGUCAACAUGCUCUGCAUGCCGAGGGGUCUCUCCUUCCGCACUCAGGCAGACCGGCGGGACUCCCACUUCCACUCUUUCACCAUCGGCUUCGCCGACGGCUCCCGCUCCUACGGCUUUGUCCACACCUUCUACGAGGAGGUGACCAGCGCGCAGGUCAUCACGGCCAUGCGGACUCUGCACCAGAUGUACCACGUGGAGCACCACUCCGCCUCCUCCUCCUCCUCCACAGCCUCCUCCGCCUCCUCGCCCUCCACCUCCAGCAUGGACUCCCUGGUGAGCAGCCUGGACGAGUCGGACGGGGACUCUCUGGCGGGGAACGCCGGCGCCGCCGCCUGUUUGAGCUGCGCCAACACCUUCGAGCCUUCUCACGACACCUUGUACGUGUCCAAAGCCCUCUGCCUGCUCACGCCGCUUCCUUUCCUCCAAGCUUCUCGCCAGUUCCUCUCUCAGCUGCACCAGGCCGUCGCCUCCCAAACGGCGCCGCCUCUGCCGCUGGAAAGCUACAUCCACAACAUCCUCUUCGAGGUGCCCCUGCCGCCGCCCGGACGCUCGCUGAGGUUCCACGGCGUGCAGGGGCCCAUCUUGUGUCAGCGGCCCGGCCCGGGUGAGCUGCCGCUGGGGGAGUAUCCUCUCGGAGAAGCCUUUUCUCUGCUGGGGGUGGACAACAUGGUGCGGCUUCUCACCUGCUCGCUGCUGGAGACGCAGAUACUGCUCUACUCCCAAGACUACCAGCGUUUGAUGACCGUGGCAGAGGGCAUCACCACCCUGCUCUUCCCGUUCCAGUGGCAGCACAUCUACCUGCCCAUCAUCUCCGCACCUCUGCACCACCUCCUGGACGCACCUGUCCCCUUCCUGAUGGGCAUUCAGCACAGGGAGGGUGCUCAGCGGUCCUCCCUGCACCUACCACAAGAGGCCAACCUUUGCUUCGUGGACAUCGACAACCGCUGCGUGGACGCUCCCGAGGGUCUCCCCGGCUUUCCGGACCAAACCGAGCUCGCGAAAGACCUGAGCGAGAUCCUGCAGCGUUUUGGGCUCCCCCCGCAGGGAGGCACCGUCCAAAAGGCCUCCGGCGCCUCUCCUCCUCUGAGCAGCCUGGAGGACCUGAUGGAGGACCGGCGCAACGGCAACCUGGCAGGCGACGAGCUGGAGGUCCUGGAGAGGCUGCAAGCUCUGGCUUGGAGGUGUGGCGCGGACAAGACGGCGGGCGGCGGCGGCGGCGGCAAGACGCUGGGGCGCGUUUGGGAGGAGGAGGAGGAAACGCUGAGCACGGCGAAGAUGAACAUUCAGCUGAGGGAGGUGUUGGCCGGGCGCUUUGCCGCCAUCUUUGGUCGCUACGAGGAGUUUGUCAUCCACGGCGCGUUUGAUCUGGAUUCCUGGCUGAGCAACCGGGAGGGGACGUUCAGCUUCGACAAGGGUUCUUUCCUCUCAGCUCAGCCCACGGCCCACUUGCGCUUCCUGUCCCGCUUCCUGGAGACGUCCAUGUUUUCGUCCUUUGUGGACGGCAAGGUGAUGUCUCGCUGGGCCGACCGGGAGCCGCUGCAGCAGCUCUUUGACAGCCGCCUGGAGACGGAGCGGCUGUGCGACGCGGACCGGGCGGAGGGCCGCAACACCCGCUGCGGGGCGGGCCCCACGCUCUUUGAGUCAGCUCAGGCCAUCGAGCGCCGCCUGCUGAAGGCCGACCACACGGCCAUACACCCCCACCUGCUGGACAUGAGGAUCGGCCAGGGUCUCCACCAGCCCGGCUACUUCCCCAAGCUGCAGGCUGACGUGCUGGUGCAGGCGCAGAGCACCAACAAGCGGUCCAGUCGUGUCACAGCAUCACGCAGAAGCGAAACCAGGAGGACGCCAACAGCAGCAGAAGACGGCGAGCAAAGACAGAAGCACUCACUGGCAAGGAAGCACCUCAACCAGCUGAAGUUUAUGGACCUGUCUCCUCAAGAGGUCGCCCGGACUCACAGAGAGUUUGUUCAGGGCUUGCUGAGCGAGUGUCGACUGAAGACCAAACGCAUGUUGAUGGAGAGAAUGGGGAAGGAGAGCGUGGAAGUGGGAGAAGCCAACAUCACUGGCCUGCAGGAGAGCACCCUGAUCCACGGACUGUGUGACCUCCUGGAGAGAACCUGGGGCCACGGUCUGCAGAUGAAACAGGGGAAGUCAGCUCUGUGGUCCCACCUGCUUCAUUACCAGGCGACCCUGCCGAAGACAGAAAUGCCAGCAGAGUCUCCAGGGUCCGAGCAGAGAACAUUUGAUGAUGCCACGCUCGUCCUGCGAGGAUCUUUGAUACAAGAUAUGAGGUUUAUCCAAACUAUGAGCGAGGGUCUCUCUGAAGUGGGCCAAGCCCGAGCGUGGAUAAGUCUAGCCCUGGAGAAGAAGAUGCUGUCUCAGCACCUUAAAGAGCUGCUCACGAACCAGGAGUUGCUCAGGCACUUGUACAAACCUCACGCCUUCCUGCUCUGCGAGGAAGAACGGGAGCAGUUCCUGUUCCACCUUCUCUCCCUCAACACGGUGGACUACCUCUGCUUCACGCGGGCCUUCCACUCCAUCGAUAUUCCAUACCGGGUGGCGAUCAUCCCCAUGAAGAAGCUCAGCAUUGCCAUGGCGACCGUCAACCCCUGGGUGUGUGUGUCUGGAGAGAUGGGAGAUUCAGGGGUCAGACAGAUCCCCAAGAACACGCAGGAUAUUUUCUUCCAGUGCAAGAACCUGGGCCGGCUGAGCACUUUGCAGCUGGGACAGGAGAACUCGGGCCUGCUGGCCAAGUGUCUCAUCGACUGCGUGAUGGUCUACAACGAGAUCACGGGGCACACCUACAAGUUCCCGUGCGGUCGCUGGCUGGGCAAAGGCGUGGGCGACGGCAGCCUGGAGCGAGUCCUCAUCGGUCAGCUGGUGUCCCCGGGCGGAGACGAGGAUUCCGGAAGGUGGACGGGGACGCCGCCGCCGCAGGAGCUGGCCUCGCCUUCCCAGGGCGUGCGUGCUGUGCUGGGGUCUCUUGGCAACCGAACCAGAGUGCUGUCUGUUGAAGUCCACGAGGACAUGAGGGAGGCGGCCAACAACCUGGUCAAGCACUUCCACAAACCUGAACAAGAGAGAGGAAAUGUGACCGUCUUGUUAUGUGGCGAGGGAGGUUUAGUUGCCUCUCUGGAGAAGUUCCUCCUCCACGGCUUCAAGUCCAGCCGUCUUUUCCAGCGAAACGUCUUCGUCUGGGACUUUGUGGAGAAGGCAGUGGUUUCCCUGGAGACGGCCGAUCAAAAUGGCGACCUGGCGGGCUCGAUGCUGAGGAAGGAGCCGCCCUGCGACUUGCUCUGUCAUUACGUCAACUGCAUCAACGCCUCGCCGAGAAAUAUCGGGAAGGAGGGGAAGUUCCAGUUGCUGGUCUGCCUGGGAGUCAGGGACCGACUCCUCUCCCAGUGGCUCCCCCUGCUGGCCGAGUGUCCCCUGACGGCGCGCACCUACGAAGACGGCGCUCUGAUGCGGGACCGCUCCGCCAUGCACUCGCUCUCCCGCAUCCUGCACACGCUCAACGAGUUCACCGUCACGCUGGAAAGCUCCCUGGUCAAAGGUGUGGCACUCUGACCCCGCCCCCCCACACCCCCCCAACGGGGAUGCGGGUGGAACUCUGGUGUGCUGUAACAUAACGCUCCAAACCUUUGGCCUUGUUCCCUGACGUCAAUGUCAUCACACUUGUAUUUGCUCCAGGAAGUAGUCCUUUGUGUCAUUUCACUGUGGGGAAAAAAAAACAAACAACAAAACACCCGAGACUGCGGUCACAUUGUUUGUUUUCCUAGCUUGUGUACGCUAAAACCAGUAGGGGGUGUGGCGGCUUAGCAGCCUGGACGUUUACCGGUACAUCUUAGGGACAUCAAUGCACUUGUAGUAUGUACAGACCCCAAAAAGCAGUGAAGUUGUCACGUUGUGUAAAUGGUAAAGAAAAAGAGAAUACAAAGAUUUGCAAAUUAACUUAUAUUCAAUUGAAUAGACUGCAAAGACAAGAUAUUUACUGUUCCAAUUUAAUUUUUAUUGCAAAUAAUCAUGAACUUAGAAUUUAAUGGCAGCAACACAUUGCAAAAAAGGCAUUUUUACCACUGUGUUACAUGGCCUUUCCUUUUAACAACACUCAGUAAAGGUUUGGGAACUGAGGAGACACAUUUUUGAAGUGGAAUUCUUUCCUAUUCUUGCUUGAUGUACAGCUUAAGUUGUUCAACAGUCUCCCUUCUCAUAUUUUAGCCUUCAUAAUGCACCAAUGGGAGACAGGUCUGGACUACAGGCAGGCCAGUCUAGUACCCACACUCUUCUACUAUAAAGCCACGCUGUUGUAACACGUGGCUUGGCAUCGUCUUGCUGAAAUAAGCAGGGGCGUCCAUGAUAACGUCGCUUGGAUGGCAACAUAUGUUGCUCCAAAAGCUGUAUGUACCUUUCAGCAUUAAUGGUGCCUUCACAGAUGUGUAAGUUACCCAUGUCUUGGGCACUAAUACACCCCCAUACCAUCACACAUGCUGCCUUUUACACUUUGCGCCUAGAACAAUCCGGAUGGUUCUUUCCCUCUUUGGACGUCCACAGUUUCCAAAAACAAUUUGAAAUGUGGACUCGUCAGACCACAGAACACUUUUCCACUUUGCAUCAGUCCAUCUUAGAUGAGCUCCGGCCCCAGCGAAGCCGGCAGCGUUUCUGGGUGUUGUUGAUAAAUAGUAGUAGUAGAGUUUUAACUUGCACUUCCAGAUGUAGCAACCAACUGUAGUUCCCGACAGUGGUUUUAUGAAGUGUUCCUGAGCCCAUGUGGUGAUAUCCUUUACACGCUGAUGUCGCUUUUUGAUGCAGUACCGCCUGAGGGAGUGAAAGUCCGUAAUAUCAUCGCUUACGGGAUUUCUCCAGAUUCUCUGAACCUUUUUGAUGAUAUUACGGAGCGUAGAUGGUGAAAUCCCUAAAUUCCUUACAAUAGCUGGUCCGGAGGACACGAAGUCCACAGUUUCCCCCCAAAAUUUGAAAUGUGGACUCGUCAGACCACAGAACACUUUUCCACUUUGCAUCAGUCCAUAUUAGAUGAGCUCAGGUCCAGCGAAGUGUUUCUGGGUGUUGUUGAUAAAUGGCUUUGGCUUUGCAUAGUAGAGUUUUAACUUGCUCUUACAGAUGUAGCGACCAACUGUAGUUACUGACUCGUUUUCUGAAGUGUUCCUGAGCCCAUGUGGUGAUAUCCUUUACACACCGAUGUCGCUUUUUGAUGCAGUACCGCCUGAGGGAUCCAAGGUCCGUAAUAUCAUGGCUUACGUGCAGUGAUUUCUCCACAUUCUCUGAACCUUUUUGAUGAUAUUACGGAGCGUAGAUGGUGAAAUCCCUAAAUUCCUUGCAAUAGCUGGUUGAGAAAUGUUCUUAAACAACUUGCUGGGUGUUGUUGAUAAAUGGCUUUCGCUUUGCAUAGUAGAGUUUUAACUUGCUCUUACAGAUGUAGCGACCAACUGUAGUAACUGACUUGUUUUCUGAAGUGUUCCUGAGCCCAUGUGGUGAUAUCCUUUACACACCAAUGUCGCUUUUUGAUGCAGUACCGCCUGAGGGAUCCAAGGUCCGUAAUAUCAUGGCUUACGUGCAGUGAUUUCUCCACAUUCUCUGAACCUUUUUGAUGAUAUUACGGAGCGUAGAUGGUGAAAUCCCUAAAUUCCUUGCAAUAGCUGGUUGAGAAAUGUUCUUAAACAACUUGCUGGGUGUUGUUGAUAAAUGGCUUUCGCUUUGCAUAGUAGAGUUUUAACUUGCUCUUACAGAUGUAGCGACCAACUGUAGUAACUGACUCGUUUUCUGAAGUGUUCCUGAGCCCAUGUGGUGAUAUCCUUUACACACCAAUGUCGCUUUUUGAUGCAGUACCGCCUGAGGGAUCCAAGGUCCGUAAUAUCAUGGCUUACGUGCAGUGAUUUCUCCACAUUCUCUGAACCUUUUUGAUGAUAUUACGGAGCGUAGAUGGUGAAAGCCCUAAAUUCCUUGCAAUAGCUGGUUGAGAAAUGUUCUUAAACAACUUGCUGGGUGUUGUUGAUAAAUGGCUUUCGCUUUGCAUAGUAGAGUUUUAACUUGCUCUUACAGAUGUAGCGACCAACUGUAGUAACUGACUAGUUUUCUGAAGUGUUCCUGAGCCCAUGUGGUGAUAUCCUUUACACACCGAUGUCGCUUUUUGAUGCAGAAUUGUCCGAGGGAUCCAAGGUCCGUAAUAUCAUGGCUUACGUGCAGUGAUUUCUCCAGAUUCUCUGAACCCUUUGAUGACAUUACGGAGCGUAGAUGGUGAAAUCCCUAAAUUCCUUGCAAUAGCUGGUUGAGAAAUGUUCUCAAACAACUUGCUGGGUGUUGUUGAUGAAUGGCUUUCGCUUUGCAUAGUAGAGUUUUAACUUGCUCUUACAGAUGUAGCGACCAACUGUAGUUACUGACUAGUUUUCUGAAGUGUUCCUGAGCCCAUGUGGUGAUAUCCUUUACACACCGAUGUCGCUUUUUGAUGCAGUACCGCCUGAGGGAUCCACGGUCCGUAAUAUCAUGGCUUACGUGCAGUGAUUUCUCCACAUUCUCUGAACCUUUUUGAUGACAUUACGGAGCGUAGAUGGUGAAAUCCCUAAAUUCCUUGCAAUAGCUGGUUGAGAAAUGUUCUUAAACAACUUGCUGGGUGUUGUUGAUAAAUGGCUUUGGCUUUGCAUAGUAGAGUUUUAACUUGCUCUUACAGAUGUAGCGACCAACUAUAGUAACUGACUAGUUUUCUGAAGUGUUCCUGAGCCCAUGUGGUGAUAUCCUUUACACACCGAUGUCGCUUUUUGAUGCAGAAUUGUCCGAGGGAUCCAAGGUCCGUAAUAUCAUCGCUUACGUGCAGUGAUUUCUCCACAUUCUCUGAACCUUUUUGAUGACAUUACGGAGCGUAGAUGGUGAAAUCCCUAAAUUCCUUGCAAUAGCUGGUUGCGAAAUGUUCUUAAACAACUUGCUGGGUGUUGUUGAUAAAUGGCUUUGGCUUUGCAUAGUAGAGUUUUAACUUGCUCUUACAGAUGUAGCGACCAACUGUAGUAACUGACUAGUUUUCUGAAGUGUUCCUGAGCCCAUGUGGUGAUAUCCUUUACACACCGAUGUCGCUUUUUGAUGCAGUACCGCCCGAGGGAUCCAAGGUCCGUAAUAUUAUCGCUUACGUGCAGUGAUUUCUCCACAUUCUCUGAACCUUUUUGAUGAUAUUACGGAGCGUAGAUGGUGAAAUCCCUAAAUUCCUUGCAAUAGCUGGUUGAGAAAUGUUCUUAAACAACUUGCUGGGUGUUGUUGAUAAAUGGCUUUCGCUUUGCAUAGUAGAGUUUUAACUUGCUCUUACAGAUGUAGCGGCCAACUGUAGUAACUGACUAGUUUUCUGAAGUGUUCCUGAGCCCAUGUGGUGAUAUCCUUUACACACCGAUGUCGCUUUUUGAUGCAGAAUCACUUACGUGCAGUGAUUUCUCCAGAUUUUCUGAACCUUUUGAUGAUAUUACGGAGCGUAGAUGGUGAAAUCCCUAAAUUCCUUGCAAUAGCUGGUUGAGAAAUGUUGUUAUUAAACAAUUUGCUCACGCAUUUGUAGACAAAGUGGUGACCCUCGCCCCGUCCUUGUUUGUGAACGACUGAGCAUUUCAUGGAAGCUGCUUUUUAUACCCAAUCAUGGCACCCACCUGUUCCCAAUUAGCCCGUUCACCUGUGGGAUGUUCCAAAUAAGUCUUUGACGAGCAUUCCUCAACUUUCUCAGUCUUUUUUGCCACUUGUGCCAGCUCUUUUGAAACAUCAAAUUCCAAAUUUGCUAAUAUUUGCAAAAAAAUAACUAAGUUAUUUACCAUUUACACAACGUGACAACUUCACUGCUUUUUGGGGUUUGUAGUACCAAACCAAGUGGAGUCGUGUCGUUACUCAAAAGAUCAGAACCAAGUCUAGAAUGUUCCUAAACUGUACGAGUCAAGUUGUAGUCUACCUUUUUAACGUGAUGAACCGCUUCUUGCACGCUCUUUAACCCCCCCGGAGGAAACACACGCAUGGCCAAAUCUCUUAGUUUAAUGUCUCCUCGCUCCACUGGAUGUCCACUCUAAUGGACAAAGACUCUGCUGAUACCUGCCAUGCUUUCACGUGUAAAUAUCUCCUCUGAUCUCCGUGUCGUGGCAUCUGCUCCAGGUUAAACGGCUCCCUCGUUAGUUGUGGAUGUCGUCUCUUCAAAAACCAGUAAAGUAUUGGCUGGAUGUGGCGUUUACACCGCGAAGGAAACGCCCGUCUUUCUCCUGCACUGCACGAUAUGUAACCCCGCCUCUUGGUGUUAUCAUUCGGACACGGACGGACUAGAGAGAGCAAUAAUAAUAAUAAUGGUUAUUUAUUAUGACAAAUGUGCUGUCACAUAUUAAAGUUAAUAAUGAAAUAA